UCCCCAGCUUUCGAAGCUGUGGAAUACAAGCCUGUCGUGUUUCACAAUAACUUCCACGAAGAUCGGACGCCUUGGCAGGGCCCCCCAACUGAUGAGGUGGACAAAGCUUGGGAUGCCAUCUAUCGAGGCGUCGGCGUGAUCAAGAUUCCAAAGGCACAGGCAGAGCAGUUGCCGAACCACACUCUGCCUAUCCCAGGAGAAGAGGAUGGUUAUAUUGUCGGGCUUGAAGUCUACCAUCAACUACACUGUCUAGAUUUCAUCCGCCGAGCCUUGUACCCAGACUACUACGGUGGAGAUAAAAGCAUGAAUGAGCAGGAGAAAAAGGAGUACUGGAUCCAUAUCGAUCACUGUGUGGAUAAUCUCCGUCAGACAAUCACAUGCUACUCGGAUAUCAGCACCAUUCCAUGGAAAUGGAUGGACCGGGUGCAGUCAGAAUUUCCAGACGCCCACACUACUCAUGUCUGCCGUGAUUUUGAGAAGUUAACUGAGUGGAUGUUGCAUCCUGAUCGCCAUUUUCCACAGGAGGAGUAUCAGAUUCGCUUGGAAGCGUUUCAUGCAGCCUCUCAUCAUCACAAUGAAUGA